CAAAUACGCUAGAUGAACCGCGAAGACAGCAUGUUGAUCUCCGAGAAUUGAGUAUGGUUUCUCGCAGCUUUAGCUUUGAAUGUCCAAUCGACAGCGAGUUGUCCUUCGAUUACGUGAUUGCGCGUUACACGACACAACCAUUCGUGUUUUAUGCUUCUGUUUUUUUCAUGUUUCAUAUCCAAAACAGUGAUUUUCCUCGCCAGCAACUCCGAGAAUUCGUUGGUUCAACCUAACGGUCAAGACAAACGCAGAGAGAAUGGCUGCUUUAUUCCUUUGUUUUCGCCAUAGAAAGGUUUCAGCUUUUGGGAUUUCUCGCCUUCCAAAAGACAAUUUGGACCCCUGUCAGCUGCAUUUGAAAUUGAAGCUUGGAACUUUAGUUGGUGUUCUUAAUGUGUUGAGAGAAUAUAGCAGUGGCAGUACCACGAAGUUUGAUUUUACCGACUUGACUUGCCCUCAUACAUGGUACCCAAAUGCUCGGAGAAAGCAUCGCAAGGUUUUUCUGCAUGUGGGCCCCACGAAUAGCGGAAAGAGUAAGACAGGAGUACAUGAUGAAUUUGCAAUCGGUACAUUGGUCAACUAUUUGCAUUGGCUUUGUUAUGUGGUAGGCAUAUAUUGUGGUCCUUUGAGGUUGUUGGCAUGGGAGGUGGCAAAAAGGUUGAACAAGGCAAAAGUUCCAUGUGACCUAAUAACGGGACAGGAAAGAGAGGAAGUUGAUGGUGCAAAGCAUAAGGCUGUGACAGUUGAAAUGGCCGAUGUAAACUCCGAUUACAGUUGUGCUGUUGUUGAUGAAAUUCAGAUGUUGGGGUGUAAGACAAGGGGUUUCUCAUUUACACGUGCUCUUUUAGGAAUUUCUGCCGAUGAACUUCACCUUUGUGGAGAUCCAGCUGCUGUUCCUCUUAUUGAGGAAAUACUCAAGGUGACUGGUGAUGAUGUCAAGGUUGAAUACUAUGAGAGACUUUCACCAUUAGUUCCAUCAAAGAAACCUCUUGGAUCCUUUUGUAAUAUACAAACAGGUGAUUGCAUCGUAACAUUUUCACGUCGUGAGAUAUACCGAAUGAAGAAAAAAAUUGAAAGUGGAGGAAAACAUCUUUGUUCUGUAGUUUACGGUUCACUUCCACCAGAAACUAGAACAAGACAGGCAACCAUGUUCAAUGAUGCUAGCAGUGAAUUUGAUGUUCUUGUGGCUAGUGAUGCCAUCGGGAUGGGCCUUAACUUGAAUAUUUCUAGAAUCAUAUUUUCAACAAUGACAAAGUUUGAUGGUGUUGAGAUACGGGAUCUAACAGUUCCAGAGGUUAAACAAAUCGCAGGGCGAGCUGGCCGGUAUGGUUCAAAAUUUCCAGUUGGAGAGGUGACUUGUCUGCAUGCAGAUGAUCUGCCCUUACUUCUCUCAUCACUAGAAUCCCCAUCUCCCAUUCUGGAGACUGCUGGAUUGUUUCCUACUUUUGAUCUCAUGUUUAUGUAUUCAAGGUUACACCCAAAAAGUGGCAUAUACCAAAUAUUGGAACAUUUUUUAGAGAAUGCCAAAUUAUCUCCAAAUUAUUUCAUUGCUGAUUGUGGGGAAGUGCUGAAAGUUGCUGCCAUCAUUGAUGAAAUGCCUCUUUCGCUGCAAGAUAAAUACCUUUUCUGUAUCAGCCCAGUUGACAUGAACGAUGAGAUCUCAUCUCAGGGACUUACACAGUUUGCCGAAAACUAUGCAAAGAAAGGCAUUGUUCGACUUAAAGAAAUAUUUACACCUGGGACACUUAUGGUGCCAAAAACACAAGCUAAACUUGAGGAGCUUGAAUCUAUUCACAAGGUAUUGGAUCUCUAUGUUUGGUUGAGUUUCCGCUUGGAGGAUUCGUUUCCAGACCGUGAGCUGGCAGCAUCUCAAAAGGCUAUCUGCGGCCUGUUAAUUGAGGAGUUCCUCGAAAGACUGGGAUGGCAGAAGCCAACAGCAAGAAGGUUACGAUCACGCAAUGCAUCAAGUUCUUCAUUGUCCAAAGAUGUUAAGCGCAUUUUGUGAACUGCCCUCAUCAUGUGCUACUACCAUUUUACUCGAUGGAAGAUGGAAAAUUAUAACUUAAAAUAAAUCAUUAUUAUAAGCUCAAUUCUCAAAGACUGAAACUGUUA